AGUGGAUAACAGAUACUGAAGUCUGACCACUAUAACGUUAUGAAUUUGUCUGCGGCUAUUCUGCUCGGCCUGCUGAGCGAGGGCCAAGAAAAAUCAACAUCGAAUACAACGGCCAGCACCAUGGUAAUUAAGGCGUAGGCUGUAGGAAUUCGCCUUAGAAAUAUCUUACAGAAAAAUACUUAAGGCAGUUUAGAUAGAUUCCUUGGACAUUUAUGAAAAUACACUCAAUAGUAGGGAAAGUUACGUUUGCUCGAGAUGAUGGUCUCAGAUACAGUGAGAUACAAUUGACAUGGCUGAUGUGUUUACUGCGCAGAAGGAUAAACCAAACGCGGCAAAUGUCUACCAAUCAAAAUGUUUCAAGUAUCACGCCAUCAAAACUAUCCACCAAUAGCCACGCGCUUGAGCGCAGUUAAGUGCGAAUAUGGCUGAUACAUGAUGCGUUAUAUUUUAAACCUUAUGGCAAUGAGGAAGUAUUUAAAAAAAAACGAAAGCACUAAAAAAGCACCUCCACAAGAUGGCGACUCUAGCAAAAGUUGUUUUUGCAGGAAACGAAUGGACCAAAGACAGUCAUUUCCGUUCCUUUUAAGUAACAUAUUAAAAAACUGAAAUUUGAAAAGUUCGAAACUUAGAAUUGAAAUUGAAGUAAAAACAAAACGCAUCUUCUUCUUCUUUAAUUAAUGGCUUAUCUGCGCAUUUCGCACAAUUCUGCCAAUGUCAAGUGAAUAAAUAAAUUUCUACAUGUAAAAUGAAAAUGAAAUGAAUGAAAGAUGGCGAAUUCAGUUAUGUUUCUAUUAUCUGACUGAUGGACUAAAUAGAAUUUCUUUUUUUACAAAAUGUAAGGAGUUUAGGUUCUCAAGAUUCAGCCUUGUUUUUGUAUAACUGCCAAUCUUUUUUGUAUUUUUCUAUAAGAUAUCUGUAUAUAUCAAUGUUGCAUUGUGAAUUCCUAUUAAGUUUUAUAAUUACUAUUUUUUAAAUUUUUGCAAAAUCAUGGGUUCGAGAGUUCCAUCUCAGAGUGCCAGGGACAAAGUCGAUUUUUUGACCAGUUUUCAUUAAGAAUAUUUUGCAGUACAGCAUUUUGGAUGCAAAAUUUAUUAAAUAUAGUAAUUAGAGAAAAUUCUCAUCUUUAUCAAAAGUCUAAAUAUUUGUAAAAUAAAUAUACAUAUCUUUCGGCUGUUUGGGUGGAUUGCCUGAACAUUGAUGAGAAUACGCUCUGUAGUAGCGCAAAAGUAGCGAGUGCUUGAAAAAUUCGUCAAUCCUGUUAGAUCCUGGAUAGCUCAGUUGUUAAAGCAGUUUCCCGAAUUGCGGAAGGUCAUGGGUUCGAGUCCCAUCUCAGAGUGCCAGAGACAAUGUGGAUUUUUUAAGCAUUUUACAUUUAGAAAAUAACUUUUAGUUUUUUUUUCUUCAUAUUUCUCAUAUAUAACUUUUCUUACAGGUGGAAAACGAAAAGUAGUCCACACGAGGGUUAUAGAGCAAGAAGUGCCAGUAACAGAGACCGUUUACGAAACAAGAUCCGAACCGGUAACCGUAGAGACCACCGAAACCGUUUACAGGACGAAAUCCGAACCGGUGACCACGGUGACAACCGAAACCCACGUGAUAAAGAAAACUCAACAACAGCAAAACGAGGAGACGACUCAAACUCAGCAAGAGCAGACGACCUCGUCGAUAGAUCAGUCGAUACUGUCGCUUCUGGAGCCUGGCUCUACUGAGUUGAGUAGUGAUGAGACGACGACGAACACCCAAACCGGUAAUUCUGACACUUCUAGCGACUUGUUCGCACAACUCGUGGACUCCGUCGAUGACUUCUCUGAAUCUAUAAAGAAAGCUUGCGGAUCUAAAGGACGCAAGGAAACCGCAAGAGUGUUGUUCGCUCUGACUGGUUAUAAAUCGGAGAAAAAUGCAAUCGAGUAUAUUAAGGAAGUAACAAAACUAACCAAUGUAUUUAAAGCAUUUGACGUGAUCUAUGGACUUACUGGCCACCAAGACUUCGAUGGUGUCAUCGAAAUAAUGCAGACUAUCACUGGUCUAGACGAUAUGGACAGACUGGCAGACUUCUUCCGUCAUAUUUCAAAUAGCACUGAAAUCGGCGAAGCCAUCAAGGUGUUCAUCAAAAUCAUGAGGACAAACAGUUUCUCGGAGAGUAUCAUAAUCAUCAAGAAGGUCACCGGGCAAUCUCCCAUCGUACAAGUAAUACAGAGAGUCAACAUUGUAACCAAAAGGACUGACUCGUUGACGGUUCUAGAAUCUUUGCUCGACGUCACCAAGACGACAAAGAUUCAAGAUGCCAACACUAUUCUCAAGGAAUUAGUUCCUAAACAUCCAUCUAUGAACAUUCUUGAUAUCUUGCAACAAAUCAGAAUAAAAUCUGGCCAUGACGAUAUCAUUGACUUCUUCAAACAGCUCUGCAAAUAUACUGGAACUAAAACGAUACAGCAAGCUUGGGUGGUCAUCACUCGAGUUACAAAGAUCACUGAUAUUCUCGACCUAUUCACCAAUUUGAGGAAAUUCACCAAAGUGGACUUCAUCCAAUUCAUCACCACUGUUAUUAGAAUAACGAGAACCACAACAUUCCAAGAGGCAAUUGAGAAAAUCAACAAAGUCACCAACGCUUCCCAUAUCGUCGAAGCCUUAGAAAUCAUCUAUAACAUCAUUCACGUUGAUGUAAUCGCUUUCUUCACUAAGAUCUUCUCCUACAGCAAGACCAUAGAAUUCGAAGAAAUCAUCACGAUCAUUAAGAAGUACACCAAAACCACAUGUGAGUAA